AGGCUCUUUGCAGGAGAUUUUCUUCAAAGCCAUCAGGCCACCACCUGUGUACCUCUGGACCUGCAGUCUCAUCGGAAGUUUUCAGCUCCCAGGCAUGGCCACCUGGGCUUCCUUCCUCAUAAGAGGAGCUGCCGACAUCGAGGAAAAGUGAAGAGUUGGCCCAAGGAUGAUCCCAGCAGACCAGUCCACCUGACAGCCUUCCUGGGCUAUAAAGCUGGCAUGACUCACAUCCUGCGGGAACUUCAUAGAUCAGGACUAAAAAUCUCUAAGCGAGAGGAAGUGGAAGCUGUCACUAUCAUCGAAACUCCACCAUUGGUGGUUGUUGGGCUAGUGGGCUAUAUCGAGACACCAAGGGGGCUGAGAAAUUUCAAAACCAUCUUUGCAGAACAUAUAAGUGAUGAAUGCCGAAGACGCUUCUACAAGAACUGGCACAAGAGCAAAAAGAAGGCGUUCACGAAGUACUGCAAGAAAUGGCAAGAUGAGGCUGGGAAGAAGCAGCUGGAGAAGGACUUUGUGUCCAUGAAGAAAUACUGUAAGAUCAUCCGUGUCAUUGUGCACACCCAGAUGAAGCUCCUGCCAAUGCGGCAGAAGAAAGCACAUAUUAUGGAGAUCCAGCUCAAUGGGGGCUCUGUGGCAGAGAAAGUUGACUGGGCUCGGGAGAAGCUGGAGAAGCAGGUGUCUGUGCACAGUGUCUUCAGCCAGAAUGAGAUGAUCGAUGUCAUUGGAGUCACCAAAGGGCAUGGGAUGAAAGGGGUGACGAGUCGCUGGCAUACCAAGAAACUCCCAAGGAAGACUCACAAAGGCCUGCGGAAGGUUGCCUGCAUUGGAGCCUGGCACCCUGCCCGGGUGGGCUACUCAAUUGCCCGGGCUGGCCAGAAGGGCUACCACCACCGCACAGAACUCAACAAGAAGGUUUACCGCAUCGGCCGUGGGAUCCAUGUAGAAGAUGGCAAAGUGAUCAGAAACAAUGCAUCCACCAAUUAUGACCCAACGGAGAAAACCAUCACCCCACUGGGUGGAUUCCCUCAGUAUGGUGAAGUCAACAAUGACUUUGUGAUGGUGAAGGGCUGUGUGUUGGGUACCAGGAAGCGGGUGCUGACCCUGAGGAAGUCCCUUCUGGUCCACACAAGCCGAAAAGCUCUGGAGGCCGUGGAGCUGAAAUUCAUCGACACCACCUCCAAGUUUGGCCACGGCUGCUUCCAGACAGCCCAAGAGAAGCGGGCCUUCAUGUCAUUAUUACCUCCCCCUACUGCUGAGGCUUUAACUCUUGAUGCGCUGCAAGGCGCCUUAAAAGAACAGGCUGCUGCUUUAGAACUUAAGAUAGAGGAAAAGAUUACAUCUGCCUUUAAGGAGGUUUCAGAGGAAAUAUCUGGGAUCAAGGAGCUAAUCCAGACUCGUAACCAGCAAAGAAGAGAAGACCUAGUGGAAGCCUUUAAGGAUUAG